CGGUGCCGUAGUGGCGGCGGCCCUCACGGUGAAGACGGAGCCCGGGCCUGCAGCCUCGCUGGGCUUUUUUUUGGUUUGUUUUUGAAAUCGGAUUUUUUUCCGCGACUUUUUUUUUUUUACGCGGGAUGUGACGGCGGGAAGAAGGAGAAGACAAAGUUGUUGCCGCGGCAAAGUUUGGAGGUCAAGAAGACGUUGGAAGAAAAGCGCUGACGAGUUUCGCAUACCCCCGUUUUACCCUGACCUGUGACCCCCGUUUCCCUAACCAUGGCUCACCGGUCACAAAGUUCGUCGAUUGGAGAGAACCCCCUCGACCCAAACUACCUGCCCCCGCACUACAAGGAGGAGUAUCGUCUUGCCAUUGAUGCACUGAUAGAACAUGACGUCCCGGGUUAUUGCGAGUUCCUCCAGAAUGCAGACGUGGUCAGCUUUCUCGCGCCACAGGAAAUCGAGCACAUCAAGUCUACCAUCCAGGGGCCUAGUCACUCCCAAAGCGUCCCAGAUCUGACUUUCUCAGAUGUGGGCCACAAUGUCGAGGGAUCCUCAGACACCUACUGGCCCAUGCAGUCCGAUAUGGCCGCCCCGGGCCUGGACCUGGGCUGGCCGAUCACCCAGCACAACUUUGUCGGGCCCACGGAAGUCACUACUCUGGUCAACCCCUCGGAAACAAACAUGCCUAGCAUUAAGGAGCAAGCCAGGAGACUCAUUAAGAACGCUCGCCAAGUCGUUGCCGUGGUGAUGGACAUGUUUACAGAUGUUGACAUAUUUGCUGACCUCUUGGACGCAGCAGCACGCCAUGUUCCUAUUUAUAUUCUUUUGGAUGAGCAGGAAGCCCACAACUUUGUCUCCAUGGUGAUCAACUGUAAGGUCAACCUGGACAUGAUCCAUAUGAUGCGCGUCAGGACUGUGGCCGGAAUAACGUAUAAUUCCCGGACGGGAAAGUCCUUUAAGGGGCAGAUGAAAGAUCGCUUCCUGCUGGCUGACUGCAGAGCUGUACUUAGCGGUAACUACAGCUUCAUGUGGUCAUACGAGAAGAUUCAUCGCUGCAUCGCUCACCUUUUUCUCGGAGAGCUGGUUUCCACGUUUGAUGAAGAGUUCCGCAUUCUCUAUGCUCAGUCGGAGCCUCUCGUCGUGGACCCGUCGGACAGAACUCUCGCCCUCUCUGACACUGGAAGUUUCUUCAACAGACAGAUAGGUUUUAAGAGGACCCAGUCAUUGCGGAAUCCCGUGAGUUUCCGAAGGCAACCCGAGAUUUCCUACGGUUUCUCGCACGGGGACCAGGACCGCAACUCUGCACUUCCUUUCCGGAGGAACGACCCAUUCCGACACACUAUUGAGCCCGGGGCGGGAAUCACCAUUGGCAAGUACUCCCAGCAACCGUUCCGCUUGCAGUCGUCAUAUUUGGACCAGGGAAGGUCGAUAGUAUCCCGUCAGAUGGAGUUGAGCGGCUUUAAGAGGCACAGCUAUGCAGAAGGAACCCAAGAGAACUACAAGUCCUCGAGGCACUACAUGAAGCACAGAGUCAUGAACAAUCUCGAUGAGUCAGACUUCCACAGAGAACAGAAACUCCAUUUGUACAAUGAAGGGCCUGGAUCAGGUUCUGGCCACGGACACUACGACAGACUACGUUCUACACAUCUAGCCAUUGACCAGUAUUCAGACUCCAGCUCAUUCCGCUCUGAUCAAGAGCCAAACUAUGGAAACUAUGGCAGAGGUGGUGUAAAUCUUUCAUCAGAGGAUUUAAGUGGACCAGAAGGGGUUCAGACACCUCCAAUAGCUGGAAGGUAUGGAGGAAGUUCUGCUCUGAAGAGGCCAACCUUAGGACAUGCUUACGCCUGUCAAAGCUCACCCACACAGCUUCACCCACCAGAGAAGAAGCCAUUUUCGAAACAAUCCGAACAGGAGCACAACCAAGACCCGAGUGUUAGGCACGGUUUAAGGAAUUGGAGGAUCCAUUCGUAUCUUAGUACAUAUGAGGAAGGUGGAGAAGAGGGUCUGAAUCAACCCUUGGGGCCUGAUGCAUUUGAAGAUCCCCCACCUUCUCAGGAGCAAGACAUUUCAGUUGCCCCCAAGGCCAGAGCAGAGAUCCAAAGACCACGCUAUGGAAAGCCAGUUGUACCUGACAGAACCGACAGGGACUCAACCACAAAGGAAGUGCUCUCCUCAGUUAGUGACAAAAGAUCCAUGUCAGUGGAUAGAUAUGAGGAGGAUGAUAGGAGUUUUGGAACGGAGGACAGUGAGGCGCCAGAUCGCUUCCUUUCGAAACAUGAAUCCUUCCGUUCACGGAUUAACCCGCUGCUGCAGCGUAGCUCCCGUCUACGUUCCUCGCUCAUAUUCUCGUCGUCGAAAGCAGAGAUGCACAGCGGGAGCACUGGCCUGAAAGCAGCCGCAGAAGAAGAUGAGAAGUUAGACUCUGUGCGCACUUCCUCCAUCGUAGCCCAGAUCCUAGAGAAGAGGAGGGCUUUAUCUCGAGAACCUUUUGAGUGGAAAAAGACACCCGAGGAGCAGAGUAAGGAGAAAGAAGAGAAAAGUGGGGUUACAAAUCAAGAAGAAGAAGAGGAGAAAAGCUUGACAAAUACAACAGAAGCAAAAGACGAAUACAAGAAAUCUGAGGGACCUUUAAAGUCUAAUGACGGAGUGUCAUCGUCUCUAAAUAUCAAUGACCCGGCCAGUCGACUGCAGUAUUUCAAUGACGUCGCUGCCAAGAGAAAAGCAUCAAAAAUGGAGACCGAGUCAUCGCUGAAAGGCCCAGAGCCAGCUGAGAAAAAGCCAGACGUUUCCGACAAAGUCCCCGAAAAAACAACAGCGAGCACGACGACCCCCGCGGCUGCUGUUGUCGUGUCAACAGAAUCCGAGGCAAAGAAAUCAGAAGUCCAAGCAAAAAUUGCCGACCUCAAUCGGCGAUCUUCGUUUACGUCUACAAAAGCAUCGCUAAUCUCUCCAAAGCCUUUUGUAAGCGCUGCGAAGCCUUUUGAACCUCACAAGGAGGAGAAUUCAUCCGAUAGCCAAAAGAAAGAUUUAUUUAAGUCACUGAAGCCCCUUCCGUCCCCUAAGAUCUUUAAAAGGGACCCGCUCAAGCUCAAAGGACUCAACCCUCGUAGGAUCUCCUGCGGUGAGGAGCUCUUAACGGAUGCCACAGACACGGAGAAGAGUGAGCUGAAGAAGAGUCGUUCCCAGAGUUCUUCCACUUUGCCUCGUGACGACUCAAAGGACGCUCAGCAGAGGGGAUCCAACACCUCCAUCAACACACUUAGUAGUGGUGAGGGAAAGGGUGACGGUAAAACCCUUGACUUCCUGAAGAAACAGACUCAGAGACUGAAGGGAUUAUUGGUACCCAAAGAUAAGGAGAAGAAAUCAUCGGGUGAGGACCGUAGCAUUGGCACAGUGAAAGAAAUGGUUGAAGAUUACAGCAAAAAGCAGAGUUCUUCCGCCAAGGACGCGGAAUCCUCCCCUGCCGAUCAAACAACCGCCAAUCACCGGACAUCAGCCGGCACAUCCGUCUCACGUUACCAGGCGUCCGCCAACUCGACCCUGUUCAGUAGCAACCUCCGCGAUGACACCAAGGUCAUCCUGGAGCAGAUCUCAGCCAACAGUCAGAAGAACCGUCUUGAGCGGGACGACGCAGGAGACGGCGAGCGCGAUGCCAAGGCCAAGGGUCUGGACGGCGACUUCUCUGCCAAAAAGAACCGCUUUCUGCGACCCCAAGUCGGCGUCCAAGAGAGGGAGGGACUGCUGAAGAGGAUAGAGAGCCUGAGGAAGGAGAAGAAGGUCUACAGCCGCUUUGAGAUGGGGAAUACCUUGGGAUAACAUGAAAGACGGAGGAGUGAACGAUGACGUGGAAUCUUAAUAAAGCGACGAUCAAACAGCCACAAUGUGCCAACCACAUGCCAGGUCUGCUUUGUGUGCUUUUUUUUUUUUUAUAUCUGCUGGAUUUUUAC